AUGUCCGUUUACAAUACUCAAUCAGAAUUUAAUUGGCAGGGGAAGCAAUUAGCUGCAUUUCGAGAGAAUAGUUUUGUGGAAUUCACAGCAAGUUCACUAAACUACAGACCCAAUGUUCGUCAUUAUUAUCUGUCACUGGAGUUUAAACCAGCCACUAGAGUAUAUGAAGAUGGUUUAUAUUCAGCUAGAAGUCAUUUGUCGACAAAAAACAUGUCUUUUACUUUUGUUAAACAAUAUUUAGUGUAUGCUGUAUUUCAGAGCGCUUAUAAAGCGCAGAAUGUGUUAAUUAAGCUUCUUCCUACUAAUCAGCUUGAACUGAGAGCAGAGAAUACAGAGCUUCGUAGAAAUGUCAUAUCCUCAUCCAAUUUGACAAACAAUUCUUUGAAGAUUGAGGAAUUGUGGAAAAAUAGCCAUAACCAACUUAGUCAACGAUCAUGGAUACAAAAAUACGAUAUUUCAGAAAAAGUGAUGACGACAAUGUUUUGGCACAAAGCUCUACUUACCAGAAGUUCAGCGGGCUUCACACUAUUUGUAAACCAGUCGCAGGUUGCCAAAAUUCAUCUUGAAGAGAAUGAUAUCUAUGAGAUGUACCCUGUUAAACUCUAUAUUGGAGGAAUUCCAGAAGUCUUACAUGCUCAAAGAAGAUACUUGGAACUAAUGAGUUAUGAUAUUCAUCUAAAUAUAAAGACAACAUUUUUUAUGAGAUCAAAAAACUUCAAUGGUUGUAUCAAUAAGCUGGAAAUUAAUGGACAUCCCACUUCUUUCACCAGUGCUGACAACGGCCAAGGCAUUACUCAGUGUACAUGA